AAAAGAGGAGAGAUAGAGACGUCCAUGAAGGAUCAAGCUUCAAAAGUCACAAAAAGGAGAGAGAGAGAGAGAGAGAGAGAGAGGGUCUGAAGGGUGGACCCGACUUGUGGCUACUUAUUUAUAUUUUGACAAUCAAGCUCUGAUUUCUUCUGUUUCUAACUCUCUUUCUUCUCAUCCAUCUCUCUCUGGCUGGCUGUUGGGUUAUUCCCUGAAACGAGUUUCUUUCCGCGAAAAUCGAGGUAAAGAGCUUCUUCUGUGCUGCAGUUCAUUGUUGGUGUCGGGGAGAUGAACAUAGUCCGGCUCUGAGCGCAGAACAAGUCCUGCAUGGCGAGCCAAAGGAUUGGCGAGAUCGGUCUAUCAGAAACAGGGCCAUCAACUCACCACAUCCCUUACUCGGUUUAUCAUGGAAUCAACAAUCCCAGCACUUUCAUUAAUCAAGAAGGAUCUGCUUUUGAUUUUGGAGAGCUAGAAGAGGCAAUUGUGCUGCAAGGAGCUAACCUCAGAAAUGAUGAAGCAAAAGCACCUUUAUAUACAGGCAGGCCUGCGGCCACUCUGGACAUGUUCCCUUCAUGGCCAAUAAGACUCCAGCAUACCCCAAGGGGAAGUUCGAAGUCAGGAGGAGAGAGCACUGACUCAGGAUCGGGUGUGAACACCAACACUCUUUCUUCGAGCAUAGCUGAGGCUCAGAGAGAAGCAGAGUCGCCAGUCAGUGCCAAGGCAUCAUCUUCUUUGGAUCAUCGGAAGCUGCAAAAGCCAAUGGACAUGACAGCAAGUGACACAUCUCCUCUACCCUCUCCAAGUCAAUCAGCUUCCAAAGCACCCCAAGACAAGAGAAAAGGAGGCUCCACCUCAGAGAAGCAACUUGAUGCUAAGACAUUGAGACGUUUGGCCCAAAACAGGGAAGCUGCAAGAAAGAGCCGUCUCAGGAAAAAGGCUUACGUUCAGCAGCUAGAAUCAAGUAGAAUAAAGCUCACUCAGUUAGAACAAGACCUUCACCGGGCACGCUCUCAGGGGUUCUUCAUGGGUGCAUGCGGCGGCUCUAAUAUAAGCUCUGGAGCCGCAAUAUUUGAUAUGGAGUAUGCAAGAUGGUUGGAGGACGACCACCGGCAUAUGUUGGAGCUUAGAACCGGUCUCCAGGCACAUUUAACCGAUGAUGAUCUCAGAGUGAUAGUAGAUGGCUACAUUUCACACUACGAUGAGAUUUUCAGGCUCAAAGGGGUGGCCGCUAAGUCCGAUGUCUUCCACCUCAUAACCGGGGUGUGGACCACCCCAGCCGAGCGCUGCUUCCUUUGGAUGGGCGGUUUCCGGCCAUCGGAACUGAUUAAGAUAUUAAUAACGCAAUUAGAUCCGUUGACGGAACAACAAUUCAUGGGAAUAUGCAGCCUCCAGCAUUCGUCUCAGCAGGCGGAGGAGGCGCUGUCCCAGGGGCUAGAACAGCUCCAGCAGUCGCUCGUUGACACCGUUGCCGGCGGGCCCGGCAUCGAGGGGAUGCAACAGAUGGCUGUCGCCUUGGGCAAGUUAACCAACCUCGAAGGCUUCGUUCGACAGGCUGAUAACUUGAGGCAACAGACCCUUCAUCACUUGCGCCGGAUACUGACGGUUCGACAAGCCGCGCGCUGUUUUUUGGUGAUUGGAGAAUAUUACGGACGACUGCGAGCACUGAGUUCUCUAUGGGCGUCUCGUCCUCGAGAGAACAUGAUGAAUGAUGAUAGUUCGCGCCAAACAUCAGCAGAUCUGCAAAUCGUUCAGGCUACGCAAAACCACUUCUCCAACUUUUGAUCGUCCCAUGUCGGACCGAGCGAGCGAGAGCUGAACCUGAUCGAUCAGAUCAAGAACGACGACCUCUCCCCGAUACACGGGUUCUACGAAAAUUACUAGGAGCUUCUCUUUUAGGAGGAUAGGAAAUUUUAGUGUUUAUAUAUCCAAUGUCGUCUGUUUUCUUGUCAUGUAAAUGAAUGUAAUCAAAAUGUAUGUGCAUGGGGAAGCUUCUGGUGAACUGGGCUAUAAAGAAAGAGAAAAAGGAACAAAAUCUUCGCCAUCGGAGUAUCUUUGUUGUGUACGAUAUUCUUAUGC